ACCACAAACAAAACGUACACGGGCAUCGGAGGCGGCUCACACUAGCCAAACACUCUCCUGACUCAGCAGUCAGUACUUGUCAAAUACAGUAAUAAACAAGAGUACAAUAUUGCUUGAAAACACCGAACACUGUUCUUUGAGUCUUGACCCUCCUGUGAGAGGGGGAGAGUUUGUAUCUGCUUAUAUAUAUAUAUAUAUAUAUAUAUAUAGUAGUAUAUAUAUAUAUUGCCAUAUAGGCACCUGAAAUCACUUGUUCAUGAACUGGUGCGGACUGUUUUCUUGAUUGAAGGAACCAAAUGGAGUCUCUGCUUUUUGGGUCAUUUCCCAAACCCUCUCCACUUUCAUUUCCUACUGCUGGGUUGUCAUCACUCACAACUGGUUCUCAUGUAGCAGUACAUGUUUCAAGGUGCAGAGCUGUGAAUAUCCUAGGAAAAUACAAUGUGCUGAGGUUCCAUCGGCAGGUUGUGAUGCAUUAUGUUGAAAGGACUGAUGAACAAUCUGCAUUUUACCAGAGACGUAAUACAAGGUAUCUGGUGAAAGCAGCCUCUGGACACCCUCUAGAAUCUGAGCCUGAAGCUUAUCAUUCCAGAAAACCUUGGAAAUCGUUGCAGGAUGCAUUAGAUGCUUUCUACAGGUUUUCGCGACCUCACACGGUCAUAGGAACAGCAUUGAGCAUACUUUCAGUUUCUCUCCUUGCAGUGGAGAAUCUAUCAGAUUUUUCACCGUUAUUUUUCACUGGGGUGUUGGAGGCCAUUGUCGCUGCCCUUUUGAUGAAUAUCUAUAUUGUUGGUUUGAAUCAAUUGUCUGACAUAGAAAUAGACAAGGUUAACAAGCCGUAUCUUCCAUUAGCAUCAGGGGAAUAUUCCGUCAAAACUGGUGUCUUGAUUGUUUCAUCUUUUGCUAUUAUGAGUUUUUGCCUUGGAUGGAUUGUUGGCUCAUGGCCUUUAUUUUGGGCUCUCUUUGUUAGUUUCGUACUUGGAACUGCAUAUUCAAUCAAUUUACCACUAUUGAGAUGGAAGAGAUUUGCUUUCGUUGCAGCAAUGUGCAUCCUGGCUGUACGAGCAGUGAUUGUUCAAAUUGCAUUUUAUCUCCACAUGCAGGUUCCACCCCUUCAUCUUCCCCAAACCUACGUCUACAGAAGAGGAGCCAUGCUUUCAAGACCUUUGAUUUUUGCAACUGCAUUCAUGAGCUUCUUCUCUGUUGUUAUAGCUUUAUUUAAGGAUAUACCUGAUAUUGAUGGAGACAAGAUUUAUGGAAUUCGAUCUUUUACUGUCAGAUUGGGUCAAGAGCGGGUGUUUUGGAUCUGCAUUUCACUGCUUCAAAUGGCCUAUGGUGUUGCUGUGUUAGUGGGGGUAGCCUCUUCCUGCCUUUGGAGCAAAUACAUAACGGUUUUGGGUCAUGCACUAUUGGCUUCAAUACUUUGGAACCGUGCCAAAUCUAUUGAUCUGAAGAGCAAAGCGGCAAUAACAACAUUCUACAUGUUUAUAUGGAAGCACCUCAAGUUUGUCCCAGACAUGAUAUUACAGUUUAAUAGUCUCGAAAGAAUGGUAUAUUUUUUUUCUUUUAAUAUUUUUAUAUGCAUUUUCAAUACUAGUUUUGUAUCGGGUUAAUUUUUUAGCUAAAAAGAAAAAGAAAAAAGUAAAAGAAAUAGUGUAUUGAUCAUCCAUGUUCGAAUGGGACCAAACCUCCCUGCAAAUGACCUGCUGUCAAUUCUAUUUAUAACUGUCCUCCUGUUAACAUAGAAUUUAUUAAAGUUCUGAAUGGUUUAUACCUGCAGAAUAACUAUUUUUAUUUUUAUUCAGAAUUGAAUGAUUUAAUUUCAUUACUCA